AUGGCGGGGCUGCUGCUGCUGCUGCUACCGCUGCCCGCGACCGCGGGGACUGAGAGCAAAGCGCGGAGCUGCGGAGAGGUGCGGCAGGCGUACAGCGCCAAAGGCUUCAGCCUAGCCAGCGUGCCCUACCAGGAGAUCGCAGGGGAACACUUGAGAACCUGCCCUCAGGAAUAUACAUGCUGCACCUCAGAAAUGGAGGACAAAUUAAGUCAGCAGAGCAAACUGGAGUUUGAAAACUUGGUGGAGGAGACAAGUCACUUUGUACGCACCACUUUUGUCUCCCGGCACAAGAAGUUUGAUGAAUUUUUCCGAGAACUUCUUGAGAACGCUGAAAGGUCCUUAAAUGAUAUGUUCGUACGGACAUACGGCACACUGUAUAUGCAGAACUCAGAGGUGUUCCAGGAUCUCUUCACAGAACUGAAGCGUUAUUACACGGGAGGCAAUGUGAACUUGGAGGAAAUGCUGAAUGAUUUCUGGGCUCGGCUGCUGGAGAGGAUGUUCCAGCUCAUAAACCCCCAGUAUCAUUUCACUGAGGACUACUUGGAGUGUGUAAGCAAGUAUACAGACCAGCUGAAACCAUUUGGAGAUGUACCCAGGAAGCUGAAGGUUCAAGUGACUAGAGCAUUCAUUGCUGCACGGACCUUUGUUCAGGGGCUGACAGUAGGCAGAGAGGUUGCAAACAGAGUAUCCAAGGUCAGUCCCACCCCAGGGUGCAUCCGGGCGUUAAUGAAGAUGUUGUACUGCCCUUACUGCAGAGGACUUCCCACUGUGAAACCUUGCAACAACUAUUGCCUCAAUGUAAUGAAGGGCUGCCUAGCAAAUCAGGCUGAUUUGGAUACUGAGUGGAAUCUGUUCAUAGAUGCUAUGCUUCUGGUAGCGGAGAGAUUAGAGGGACCAUUCAACAUUGAAUCAGUCAUGGAUCCUAUUGAUGUCAAGAUUUCUGAAGCCAUCAUGAACAUGCAAGAAAACAGCAUGCAGGUGUCGGCAAAGGUUUUCCAAGGAUGUGGUCAGCCUAAGCCAGCACCUGCCCUGAGGUCUUCCCGUUCAGUCUCUGAAAACUUCAAUACACGGUUUAGACCAUAUAACCCAGAGGAGCGACCUACAACUGCUGCUGGCACAAGUUUGGAUAGGCUGGUAACAGACAUUAAAGAAAAACUAAAGCUCUCUAAAAAGUUUUGGUCAACAUUCCCUUACACAAUCUGCAAGGACGAGCGCGUGACAGCCGGCUCAUCAAACGAGGAGGACUGCUGGAACGGCCACACCAAGGCAAGAUACUUGCCUGAGAUUAUGAAUGAUGGCCUGACCAACCAGAUCAACAAUCCAGAAGUAGAUGUGGACAUCACAAGGCCAGACACCUUCAUUCGGCAACAAAUCAUGGCCUUACGUGUCAUGACAAAUAAACUGAAGAAUGCAUAUAAUGGAAAUGAUGUCAACUUCCAGGACACUAGUGAUGAGACAAGUGGCUCUGGCAGUGGAAGCGGCUGUACAGAUGACAUCUGUCCCACUGAGUUUGAUUUCAUCAUGACUGAAGCACCGCCUGUUGACUCAGACAGGAGGGAGGUGGAGGCUUCGGCCACACGACCCAGCCAGUCACUGCAGACAUUGCUCUUCGCCUUCAUCAGCCUCGUACUGCAGAGACAAUGGAGAUAAUCUUGAAACUGAUCGGAAAAACUGUGUUUUAGCUACAGAAACAGUCAACUUCCUUCUUUUCUUACACUCUUGGACAAUGGACCAUGCCACAAACACUUGCAGUUUUGUAUGCGAAGAGAGCAGUACUGCAACCUGCUUCCCUUUUUGUUUUCCCAAAGAGCACCAGGUGCCAGACUGAACUGCUUCCUGUUUUUUGCAGAUAUCUCUGAAGAGAAUAUCCACUCUUGAGAGAAUUCUUUCUCAGAUCUUUAUUACAGGAGACUUUCUAAGCUUCAUUUCCUUUUAUGCUGCAGAAGUAAAAAGAUCUUACCGUGAAUGUUUUUUUUUCCCUAAUGAAAAAAAAAAAAGGGAGGGGUGGGGGGAAGAAACCAAUGAAGCAGUUUUCUUUCUGAGUUGGAUCUAACUCUAGCUGCUCCCUGUAAGUCUGAAAAAUCAACAGAACAAAAGACAAGAAUGAAAAAAAUGCAACCACUCUUCACUGACAGCCAGAUUUCCUUUAGGGACUUCUGUAGAAUAAUUCAGGUCAUCAGAAUGAUCAUUGCUAUAAAGAGGCAGUCUGGAUUUUUUUCCAACACAAGAGUUUGUCUCAACGAUGAAUGUCUUGCAAUCCACCUGCCAACCACUUCAGAUUGGUAUGAAGGUAGAGAAGCUGAAAAGCAAGUUCUUCUUUUAGUAUGAUAGUAACUCCGCUAUCUUCAGAAUAUCAUGUUACAGUUCCCCAGGAUUUAAAUCCUAAUGCCCAGUAAAAAAAGAAAAAGAGUAGUAGCAUGAUUUUGCCUAGCUUCUUUUAGUGUUUAUUCAUUUAUGCAAUUGGCACGAGGAUUUCCACUUAGCUCACCAAGCAUUACCACGGUGGUUAUGCUAAACAACUCUCCUGACAAAUCUCCCCUCAAGGGUUUGGGCAGAAAAUAGUCUCUUGUGAUAAAAUCUCAUUCCUUUCAUCACUGUUCUGACAUCAAUUAGGGCUUUCUGCUACUAUGUUUAUUAUCCUACCAAGAUGGUAGUUCUCUAAUUGACUAACAAUGGCGACCAGAUCAAUAGAGUAUUUCACAUCUAACUACAUCUUUCAUAUCACUUAAUUUCAGUAUCACAGGGAUUUAUUCUACAACUUUCUGAACAAACAAAUAUAUAGUACUGACAUGGAGAUUUCUUUCACUUUUUUAGUCUUAGUAUGAUCAUCUAUUUUUAUAUAUAUAAAUAUAUAUAAAUCGCAGAUUUUAACUUCUUAAUUACAAGCUCAGGGUUGACACUUCUUUGUGAAAAAAAAUAUGUUUGGUCAACCAGCUCUUCUGCUUUUGUGCUACUCUGAAAAGCAACCCUUUAAUGACUGGUCAGCACGAAAAUCAAAGAAGAGAAUUUUUUACAUAUCCAGUUGUCCAUUUCUUAACAGAUUUGCAGAGUGGGGGAGAAAAUCUCUCUCGUCUCUAUGUAAUUGUGUGAGCAUGGAAAUUUGUGUGAUAGGCCUAGAGAAAGACAGAGAUGUUAUUUGUGAUGGCAAAUGUACUCUCAGAUUCCUCAAGGAUACAUUGCUUUAAUAAUCACUGCCUGAAUGGCUGUUGUUCUGGCUGGAGUUUCCUUGAUUUUUAUCUGAUUGCAAGACCUGAAAUGGAAGCUAUUUAAAUCCUGGACAAAUGAGAGUAAACAGUUAGACAUCAAAGAUUUCCCUCCUCCAUCAGCUGCAGAAAAAGAGCUUCUGUGACAAUUCUAUGUGGUGCUGAAAAGAUUUUGCAGAAGCUUUUUUUCUGAUUCUUUUGGUGACUCUAGAAAUGGUAUAGAUAAAUUAUGGAAAUACUGUAAAGCCAGCCAACCACAUUACAAUUUAACAGCAGAGCAGGUAGAUCAUAACCAUUGCAGUCUCUUUUUCUUGUCAAAUUAUAAUUAGAUAUCGAUUUAGGCAUGACAUUAAAGUAGAAAACACAUAGCACAUGAGGAUAAAGGAUGCUUAAGCACUUUUAACAAAAAAUAUUUACAAACUAACUGUAUAGUAUGUCUAAUAAAAAUGCGUAGGUUUUGAGCCACUCAUAAUCUAUUCUUAUUUUUUCUAAUUUGUUUGCUUUACAGUAUAAUGAUCUAUUCUUCUCUGCCCAGUUUAGUGUGCAAGAGUAACUGGAAUAUGUUCAGACCAAGCAUGUUUUACACCUGACUUAGCAUUGUUGCUUGCCACUCUGAUAGCUCACUCUAGAGAGGAUCUCAUGAUUCAGCACUCAAUGCUUUCAGAAAGUUAAACAGUAUUAAAACCAAUUCUUACAAGCAUUUGUUUUGUUUUGUUUUGUUUUGUUUGUUGACUGUUGUAUAGCAGAGGAUCCAAGCAGAGAAUCUUCCUUUUUGUUUUUCCUGAACUUGCAUAUCAUCUACAAAGAGGGAGUUCUUUGGUCCCUCCGUAUCUACCAAUGUACACAUCCUUUUCAUGCCUUUAAUCCACUACAACCUUGUUUUAUUGUCCCACUGUGUUCUUAUUCAGUAGAAACUGAUACUAUUUCCAUCUGAUUAUCCUUAUUCUUGAAGUUUAUCCACAGAUAAUGAAAUCCAGCUGCUAAGGCAUUUCCUCCACUGUGGCUUCUCCACAUUGUGAUGUGGAGAUUAACAUUAAGAUGCUGAUGGAUUCCUAGGGUCUUUGUGUGAACUUUAGGUUUAGGCAACCUGAUGACCAAACUGGCUAUCCAUUGUACUUCCACCUAUUUGUAGACCUUGGAUCAUGUGAAGGAGUAAAAGGAAUCACCAAGAACAAGGGGCUUUGCUGAAGUCUGCUCUCAGUGGGGGAGGAAGUAAAUGUUCUAGCAAUCAGUUUGUAGGAAACGCCCUGCUCUACUUGCACUGCAUCUUACAAACUGCUGAUGAAACAACAGGCCCAGUUAAUCUCUCCUGAAAUGUGAUUGUCUUGUGGGAGUUCUGUCAGAAAUGUACGUCUUCCUUAUUAUUUCUCUGCUUAUUUUCCUACUAUGCAUGGUGAUAUCUUGUCAGGAGAUGGAGAUCCCUUUGCAUGAGGUAUUAGGCAUACAUUUCUUUAAUAGUCCCAGAAGGCUGAAUUCUCUCUUUAUGCACUGCAUUUUCCUGAGAUUAAGAGAGCUAUUAAAUCUACAGAGCAAAUGAAAUUGGGAAGAAAGGAAAGAAAAGAAAAAACAGUAAUUUUCAUAAAUGUGAGAAUCUACAUAAUUUCCAGUGCUUCUGUUUGCACCUCCUUUACAUCCAAUAACUCUUCUUUCAAGGUAAUUUUUUCAGUGUGCUGCAAUUCAAAUAUUUCUCUUCUGCCAACAGCUGAUAAAGUAAGGAAUAAUAAAGAAGACAAUCACCAGCAUAAGAAAGAGGAUUCUAGUUCUAAGGGAAAAUACUUUAACUGCAUAACCCCUUUAUGUGGUGCAACCCAGUUAUUGCCAUUUUAUGUUCUUUUAAGGUGGAGGCUCUUAAAAAAUUAGAUGCAACAAAUCAUAUAACCAGUGCUAGAGAUCUUUGUAUUAAUAUUAAUUAAAGCCAUUUUGCAUUGUCCCCAAAAUUUUAGUGUUUAGUAUACAGCAGAUUUUUCUAUUCAUGCCUCAGUACACACUUCUGUAACUGCAGUGCAGACUGUUUGGGGUCUGGCUGUAUCUCAAGCAUUUCAGAAAUGCAGUUGGAAAGGGAGGGUAGAAAUUUCCUACUGAACAGUAAUAACAGUAAUAACCUGUGCCUAAGGGUUCUGGUAAGGGCUGAUCUAUCCCAGUUCCCUAAAAGCAUCAGAGAGCUCUGUCCAGAGAAAGCUCCCAAAAUCUGAGUGUCAUUCAUACACAUCGUCCCAAUUCUGUGUGAUUUUAGGAAGCAUUGUUACAGCUGUGCCUUCCCACAGCUGUGUGAACCAGUUUGAGCUGCUUCCAUGUAAGAUGGCUACGAGCUAGAGCUGCUGCUGGGAGAUGGGCUGCAUGAAGUGUCUCAAUGGGCAGCAGUUGCCUUCAGUUUACUAACUGACCCUGAAUCAUUACCAAAUGUAUCUAUACUUAUUCACCAAGACUUUUUUUAUUACUUCAACGUGACAAAAUAAAUUACAGCACUGAUGCGAGUUGUGGUUUCUGUUUUUAAUUCACGUCCUAAGAUAAGCCAUCAAAAAUGAAUGCAGAAAAUUAUUCUGAUGUGAAAAUCAGGUUUCUGCAGGUUUCAUUAUGGAAGCAAACAUCUGGAUAUACUUCCGAUACUAAGAAUAAACUCACAUUUCUAAAACUGCUAGUAUUUAUUUAUGAAGCCACAGGUUUUCAAACUUGCUCUCUGAGAAUCAAGAGAGUUAACAUCGUGUAGCAUUGCAAAACCCCUAAUUUCGAAGGGAAGCUGAAAGGCUGAGUCACAGUUAUGGAUUUAAGAGUAUGAUGUCAAAAUGCGAUAGAAAUGUAAUGUAUACUUCCAAGAAAAUUAAGGCAGGUGAUGCAGCAAAUAAGGCAGUGUUUCCAUUCCAGCUACUCAUACUGGCUGUGAUGACUGCAUUAAUGUGAUAUUAUGACUCUUGAAAAAAUGGUGAUAAAGACCCUUAGCGCUGCAGUAAUAUGGUGUGUGAAAGAAAAACAGUAUGACUUUAACUCUUUUCUCAUCCAUUAGAAAGCACAGGAGACCUAAAGGAGAACAAAGAACUUUUAUACUGACUUUAAAAAUAAACUUCUAGUAUCAGGCAAAUGAGAUGAUCUCAAAUUUAUUAUGUCAGAAUAUUUUCCAGUCCACUAUAUUCAAAUUUGUUGAACAAUGUAAGUAAGCAGUCACUUACAGGCUAUUUGCCAACAUAACUUGAACAUGAAGCAUUUGUUACCAGUACUUACUACUUCUCUAC